AUGGUCUGUGACGGUCCACCAUUUGCUAACCUGGUCGAACGUAGCAAGCGCCUUGGAAAAAGAGAUCCACCAGGGUUCGAUUAUGGGGUAGAUGUUGUACGCGGAGUCAACAUUGGUGGAUGGCUCGUCCUCGAACCAUGGAUUACGCCUUCGAUAUUCCAGGCUCAAAACGGGUCUAUUGUCGAUGAAUGGACCUUGGGAUACUAUCUCGGCCAAGACGAAGCAUACAACAUUCUGAAGCCCCAUUGGGACACCUGGUGCACCCUUGCCGACUUUCAAAAGAUUGCGGCUUCUGGAUUCAACUUGGUGCGGAUACCUAUUGGCUACUGGGCGUAUCAGAAAUUCGAUGACCCAUUCACGCAAGGCGCGGCGCCGUACAUGGACCUGGCCAUUGACUGGGCUCGCCAGACUGGCCUGAAGGUGUGGAUUGAUCUCCACGGCGCUCCUGGCUCACAGAACGGUUUCGACAACUCUGGUCACUGGACCAGCGACGUUCAAUGGCAGCAGGGUGAUACCAUUGCGCAGACGCUAAGCGUGUUGCACGAAAUCAACCAAAAGUAUGCGCAGCCAGACUAUCAGGAUGUUGUCGUCGGCAUCGAGCUCGUGAACGAGCCUCUCUCAUCCAAGUUGAACGUUUCUCAACUCUACGACUACUACCAGCAGGGUUUCAGCGACGUUCGCUCCGUCAGCGAUACCACCGUGGUCCUUCAUGAUGGUUUCCUGUGGACUAGCUCCUGGGACAAUUUCUUGACGCCGACGAGCAACGAUUACAACGUGCUUGUGGACCAUCACGAAUACCAGGUGUUCAAUUUGGAGCAGAUUGCAUGGCAACCAUGGCAACAUCGCCAGGGUGUCUGCAACGGUGCCGCAUCCUACAGCGAUGCUGACCACUGGGUGGUCGUCGGCGAGUGGACUGCUGCCAUGACCGACUGCGCUCCCGCGCUCAACGGCUACCAAAUAGGCGCCCGAUAUGAUGGAACUUACCCCGGUAGUACCUAUGUCGGCUCCUGCGACAUUUUCAACUUUAUCGACCUUUGGAACCAGACCCUCAAGGACGACACCCGUGGUUAUAUUGAGGCGCAGAUGGAGACCUUUGAGCGUUACACCCAGGGCUGGAUCUUCUGGAACUUCAAGACCGAGGCCAGCGCCGAAUGGGACGCCUUCCGGCUGAUUGAUGCCGGCGUGUUCCCGCAGCCCUUGACAGACCGCAAGUUUAGCGCCAUUUGUUCAUAG